UACAGUAUUCGUAGAAAACUAAUGGAUUGAUAAUUUGUUUAUAAAAGUCAUUUAGUGACUAGUGUGUUCCAUAUUACAUUACUUUCUAUCUUAUUUCCUACUAUUGAAACAUGGCGAGAACAAAAGCAUCUGCCGGUGCCAAAGUGGCGUCCGGAAAAAGUAGUAAAGCAAGAUGUAGCGUAGCAAUACCCGCUAGCUCGUCAGGAUCUUCAGGUUGCAGUGAGCGGGCAGGACGGAGUGGCGGCGGCGGUGGAGGCAAUUCGGUGUGUCCACGGGAGACCCCCAAGUGGCAGAGACCCAUCACUAAUUUCUUCAUAUGCAAAGAACCUGAUCGGAGCUCUGAUAAUGAGGAUGAAGGGGUUGAAGCAUCUAGUUCUAAGCCAGGAGCUCGGAAACCAAUUGUAGAGUCGGAUGAGGAACAGCAGGUUGAGGAGAAACCGAAAAACAAAGAACUGGACGAGAGUAUUGAACUGGAGCCCUUAACAGGGGAAGACAGCCACAAAAUAGAGGAAUAUUACCCCACAGGGCCAAAGGGCAAGGGUAAGGGCAAGAAAACUAAGGGCAAAGAGAAUAUUGACAGCAAUGUAGAGAGACGAAACUCAGCUAAACGGGAACUGGAAGAAAUUACUUUUGGGGAGGAGUCGGAACAUGCUAGCAAAAGGGUUAAAGUUAAUUGAUAGGAUAGUUAUAAUUUAACAAAAUCUGACUGGUGCAGUACAAAAUAUAAUACAUAGAGCUAGACCAAGGCAAGUGUGCAACGAUUUUGAUAGCACAUGCAGUGCAUGUGUUAUUUUAAACGUCAAACUUCUAUGAAAUUAUGACGUAUAAAUAACACUUGCACUGCGUAUGCUAUCAAAAUCGUUGCAGACUU